AUGGCUCCUGAGAUGGGUGAGCGGGUGGCCGUCGUGGUGGGAGGGAGCGUAGCGGGCUUGGCCUGCGCGCACGCGGCGGCGGGGGCGGGGUGGAAGGCGGUGGUGUUGGAGAAGGCGGCGGGCCCGGCGGCCGGAGGCGGCACGGGCGCCGGGCUGGGCCUGGAUGCGCAGUCUAUGGAGACCCUCGCCCGCUGGAUCCCCGGGUGGGGUCUCGACGCGGCCACGCUGCCGCUCGCCGUCGACCUGAACAUGGCAACGGACAGCGAGACGAAGGCGGCGCGGACGCUGACGAGGGACGAGGGGUUCAACUUCCGCGCGGCGCACUGGGGCGAGCUGCACCGGCGGCUUCACGAGGCUCCGCCGGCCGCGGUGACCGUGCACUGGGGCCACCAGUUCCUUUCGUUCGAGGUUUCGGACACGGACGGCGAUGGUGGCAAACGCGGCGGGGUAGUCGCGACGGCUCGCGUGCUCAGAACCGGUGAAACGGUGGAGGUCGCUGGGGAUUUGCUGGUCGCAGCGGAUGGCUGCACUUCGUCGAUCCGCCGGCGCUUCCUCCCUGACCUCAAGCUCAGGUACUCCGGGUACUGCGCAUGGCGUGGCGUGUUCGAUUUCACCGGGAAGGAAAGCUCCGACAUCAUCACCGGCAUACGAAGAGCGUACCCAGAGCUCGGCAGCUGCCUGUACUUCGAUCUGGCCGAAAAGACUCACGCCGUGCUCUACGAGUUGCCCGGGAACAGACUGAACUGGCUCUGGUACAUCAACGGCCCAGAGCCAGAGCUCACGGGGAGCUCGGUGACGAUGAAGGUGAGCGACGCCACGCUGGCAGGGAUGCAGGAGGACGCCGAGCGCGUCUGGUCGCCGGAGCUGGCGCGGCUGAUCAGGGAAACGGCAGAACCGUUCGUGAACGUGAUCUACGACGCGGACCCGCUGCCGCGGCUGUCGUGGGCGGGCGGCAGCGUGGCACUGGUCGGCGACGCGGCGCACCCGACCACGCCGCACGGGCUGCGGAGCACCAACAUGUCCGUCCAUGACGCCCGCGUGCUCGGGGAGUGCCUCGGGAGGUGGGGGGAGACGCCGCCGCCACGCGCUCUGGACGAGUACGAGGCCGCGCGGCUGCCGGUCGUGGCGGCGCAGGUGCUGCACGCCCGCAGGCUCGGGCGGCUCAAACAGGGCCUGCCGGUGGAGGACGGUGACACGGGGGCGUUCGACGCGAGGGCGGCGACGGUGGAGGAGGCUUUGCAGCUGCGGCAGAGGGGCAUGCCGUAUUUUGGCGGCGCGCCAACUGUAGAUGGCGGUAGUUUGUGA